ACACAAAACAAGAAAAAUGGUUGCUUACGUCGAUAAAAACUUUUCAUUGGCUUGUUUUUUGGUUUUACUUCUUUUUGUUGACUCAUCGUAUGCAAGGUUUAAUACGUUGGUUACAAAAGAUCAGAUCCACACCAUAUGCACCAAACAAGAUAUCAAUUCUUCAUAUUGUUUUCAAGUUCUAAACGCAAAUCCUGAAAUUGCUAGAUUAGAUUUUCCUAGUCUCUUCAAAUUUGUGCUUAAUUAUCAGGCUCAAAAUAUUUCAGAUAAGCUGAAGCAAUUUAAAUUAUCAGGAGGCUACACGCCGGGUGUUGAAUCUAAAUAUAACUUAUGUAUAGAAUUUUAUGAAAAUUCUUUCGACCGGCGUGAUGAAGCCCUCAGAUAUUUGGCUGCCAAAGACUAUGGCAGCGUAAACACUAUGGUCGGUGGAACGGCGAUAAAUAUGUUCAACUGUGCUGAUGAUUUGUCAACAAUGAAGCCAGUACCACAAUUUUUUGUGACGGAAAGUAAUUUGAUUAAAGAAUUGUCUAAGAUUCUCUUAGUGAUUCUAGAAUGUUUCAUAAGUAAGAAAAAAGAAUAUUGUAAUAGAGAUCUAUAAUAAUAAUAAUAUUAGUAUGAUUGUUGCCAUUAUCCUUUUUUAAUAUAUAAAAAAUAAGAAAAAUAGAAAACAUUUCUCC